AUGGAGAUGCAAUCCUAUUAUGCCAAGCUCUUGGGGGAGUUGAAUGAACAGCGAAAGAGGGACUUUUUCUGUGACUGCAGCAUCAUUGUGGAAGGGCGGAUCUUCAAGGCCCACAGGAACAUUCUGUUUGCCAACAGCGGCUACUUCCGAGCCCUGCUCAUUCACUACAUCCAGGACAGCGGGCGGCCCAGCACCGCCUCGCUGGACAUUGUCACAUCCGAUGCCUUCUCCACCAUCUUAGACUUCCUGUACUCUGGGAAGCUGGAUCUGUGCGGGGAGAACGUGAUUGAAGUUAUGUCAGCGGCCAGCUACCUGCAGAUGAACGAUGUGGUGAACUUCUGCAAGACGUACAUCAGGUCGUCCCUCGAUAUCUGCCGGAAGAUGGAGAAGGAGGCGGCGGCGGUGGCCGUGGGGGCUCAUCAGGUUGACGGCGGAAGCCCCAGUUCAGGCAGGGAAGGGACCUCCUGUGAUACCAAGAGCUUGGUCUCCUCGGCAGCCGAGGGAGAGGAGAGUGUGGACCGUCCGAGAGAGUCCCCUUGCGGUGACUGCCAGGGCUGCCACCCGCUGGGACUGGUGGUGAAGGACCGCCAGGGCUGUGGCCCAGCUGACGGUGACCUCUCUAUUCUGCCCAAACAGAUAGAGCCCAAGGUGGAGUUUGAGGCCGACGAGGUGGAGGUGGAGGGUGGUGAGCCGCUGCAGCCUUAUGCCUCCCCACUCAGCGUGGCCCGCGUGGCCGAGGCUUUGCCCGGUGGCCAGGCUGUGGACUUGGCUUACGGUAACUACCACGUGAAGCAAUUCCUGGAGGCACUUCUGCGCAACAGUGCUGUCCCCAGCAAAGGCGAUGCGGACCAUCACUUUUCUCGGAGUUUGGAGGGAAGACCAGAUGGUGCAGGAGGAACCAUGAGUUCCAUGAUGGAUGUCCAGACUGACUGGUAUGGAGAGGACUCAGGUGACGUGCUGGUGGUCCCCAUCAAGCUCCACAAGUGUCCUUUUUGUCCUUACACUGCCAAACAGAAGGGCAUCCUUAAGCGGCAUAUCCGCUCGCACACGGGUGAGCGGCCCUACCCCUGUGAGACCUGUGGCAAGAGGUUCACGCGACAGGAGCAUCUGCGGAGUCACGCCCUGAGCGUGCACAGAUCCAACCGUCCAAUCAUCUGCAAGGGCUGCAGAAGAACCUUCACGAGUCACCUGUCCCAGGGCCUGCGGCGCUUCGGGCUGUGUGACAACUGCACGUGUGUUACCGACACACACGACGAGGAGGACGAGCUGAUGCCCAUCAACCUUAGCCUGGUGGAGGCUUCGUCGGAAAGCCAAGAAAAGAGUGACACGGACAAUGACUGGCCAAUCUACGUGGAGUCUGGUGAGGAAAACGACCCUGCCGGAGAAGAUUCUGAUGACAGACGGCAAAUUCGGCCCUACUUGUCAGAUCGAGAGACACUUACGUAGCAGUAAAUUUUGGUGGGGGAGAGGUUUUAGAAUUGGUUGUUGCUUAUUCUGCAUUCGAAAGCCACCAUUUGUCCAAUUUUGUGGAACCCCGAGGGGAGCAUUUUUUUCGCUGUUCCUCUACUUGCAUUUUUGUUAGAUUACAUAGCGAAGGUUGGAUCUUGUGAGUCGAAGGACUAAUGACUGCUUAGUGGAAUGCCCUUGGUUUCAGAGGGCUUUGCUGAGUUAAUUCUGAGGGAGUCAAGGCUGGCCCCAAGGCUCCCCAUUCUUCCUGUCGUGCACCCAGACUCUGGUUAGGAGAGAGAUAAGAAAAUCUCCAUGCUUGUUUUCAUAUUGUCUCACUCAUCUACAUUCCUUUCUUGUCAGCCUUUUUCUCUGUAAAGGUGGGCAAGAAUAGCUUGAGACCAGUCUCUCUUUUGCCAAGCCUCUCCUAAUGGAUUCCAUAUUUUAGUUUUCUGGUGAAGUCUUAAAGAGAAAGCUUCAUGACAUUAGGUAGGCAGGGAUGUUCGGCUACAUGAUCGUAAAGGUACUUUUUAACUCUAAGGCUGCAAUUUUAAUGGCUGGGAGUAUUUAUGUGCACACAAACAUGGAAAUGAGCUGAGAGGCUCCUGGGGUACUCUGACUUGCCCAGUUGUAUUAAACUUUAAGUUAGCCCUGGGAAGGGAGCCUGUGAGCCCAGGUCUGGGCGGUUUCCCUGUCUCGUUUGGUAUUUAACAAUUCUACACACACAGAUCACCUGUUUUGUGAUCAUAAAACAAGUCAUUUGGGCGAAAUUCAAAAUACUCCUGCUUUUUCCAGCCAUUUUCCAGAGUCACUGUUGUGGAGCGUGGAAAUAUGGCCACUGCUGAGUUUUCUACUUUGAUUAUGAAUAGAGCUUUAAUUGGAGGGAAAGUGCAAGCCUAUAUAAACAAGUUAUAUUUCUAAAUUGUUUACCCUCUGGAGGGAAAGAGAAGGUCGGUAGAAGAACAGGUUUUUAAAACCAUUCUGCUUUUCCCUCUGGAGGGAAAGAGAAGGUUGGUAGAAGAACAGGUUUUUAAAACCAUUCUGCUUUUCACCCACUUUGCAGCCAUGUGGUUACUCUAACAGAAGAGGCUAUACUUCUUUAAAAGACCGAAGAGCAGGAAAUAUUAAGGAUUAAAGAUAUUUAAGGCACUUUCAUAAUUUUGUCUCAUGUUAAAGUAUCCAAAAUGGGCUUUAAAGGAAAUCACUUUUUCUUCCUUUGAGUAUAGUUGUGUUUCAAAAGGUGGCAAAACCACCUUUCUUUCUGCCUCCUGAACAAAAAAGCCAAUAAAAAACAUUAUAAAUUGGCUUGUGAGUGUUAGUCACUGAAGAGUUCAAAAGGUGUUUAAACCAUACUUCUCAAUAGAAGUGAGAACUCCAGAAUAGUGUUAGUCAAACUGUGACCCCCAGACAGCUGGCCUGUGAAUUCUUUGAUACCAAUCCACACAGUAGGACCACCUGUUGGCCUGCAGUAGAUUAGAAAUUUUAAAAAUGGUCUUUUGCCACAGAUAGUUUGAAAAUUAUUGUUUUAGAUCAAGAUUAACAAACCGGAAAUUAUCAAGGACCAGAAACACUUUUCAUUCCUGAAAUGGAAAUAUUAGCUGUUCUUUUCAAGGAGGGAUCUUAGCAAAAAGGAAAUCUAACUGGUUGUGUAGAAGGUGUGCUUUGCAAGGAGUUUUGUUUGAUAUUUUUGCUCUGUUUAAAUUAUUUCUAGUGGUUUUUUUAAAUUUUAUUUUUAAGUAAU